AUGACUACAUCAUCUAAGCCAAAGGUAUUAAGAAUCGGAAAAGUUGAUUUUGCCCAAAAGAAAUGGGACGAACUUUCCCAAAUCGCUGAAGUUGUUCAGUGUGAAUCUAAGAACAGAGAAGAAUUCUUCCAAGAUUUGAAAACCAAAUACAGUGACAUUACCUCUAUUACCAGAACGUUCCCAAGUAUAAGUGAAACAGGUAGAUUCGACGAGGAAUUGGCAUCGCACUUACCCAAGUCUGUGAAGACAUUGAGUCAUUGUGGUGCCGGUUACGAUCAAAUUGACGUUCAGCCAUUUUCUGACAGAGGAAUUCAAGUUUCCAAUGUCACCGCUCCAGUUGAAGCUCCAACUGCCGAUACUGCUAUGUUCUUGGUUCUUGCUGCUUCAAGAAAUUUUCUUCAAGGUCGUGACCCUACUGUUAAGGGAGAGUGGCCAGCUAAGGGUAAGAGUGCCGGUGCACCAUUGGGACACGAUCCAGAAGGAAAGACCGUUGGUAUCUUAGGAAUGGGGGGUAUCGGACGUGCAAUUCGUGACAGAUUAAAGCCAUUUGGUUACGAAAGAAUGAUCUACCACAACCGUUCAAGAUUAUCCAAGGAAUUGGAGAAGGAUACCGAAUACGUUACCUUGGAUGAAUUAAUAAGCGAAAGUGAUAUCAUUUGUAUUUCCAUCCCAUUGAACCCAAAAACUACCGGUCUUAUCAACAAGUCAACUAUAGAGAAGAUGAAAGACGGUGUGGUAAUUGUCAACACAGCCAGAGGAGCCAUUAUAAACGAAGCUGACAUAACUCAAGCUUUGAAGGACGGCAAGAUUGGUGCCUUUGGAAGUGACGUCUUCACCAAGGAACCUGAAGUUGCACAAGAACUUUUGAGCUUACCAAACGUAGUAGCUUUACCACAUAUGGGUACUCACACCUACGAGGCUAUUUUCAACAUGGAAAGCUGGGUUGUUGCCAAUGUCGAAUCAUAUUUCAAGACCGGUGAAGUCAAGACAAUUGUUCCAGAACAAUGGUCGUUAGACUUAAAGGGAGAGCCUCUUGUUUAA